AUUCGCGAUAACAACAGCGGCUAGCCGGCGGACAUGAGGACCGAGGUGUCCUGGAAACGGCGCUUCCUGCGGAAACGGCUCAAGUACAUGCUGGUGUGCGUGUUCGUGGUCGCCGUGAUAUUCGUGGUGCAUCAGCUGUUCUACUUCAGGGAGCUGAACCGGACGACCGGGCCGGUGGGCAAGCUGAUCGCCGGCUCGCUGCGCGACGCGCACCGCAUCGUUGUUGGCAAGCCGGUGUCCAAGUGGGACGAGCCGCGGCAUUCCAAGCUGAUACGCGACAAGAACGGCCGCAUCGUGUCGCUGCGCGGCACGCGAGAUCAGGACAUCGCCAAGUACCUUCCCGACGCCAGGGGACGGUUCGUGUGCUUCGCUUCGAAGCGGAAGAUCGAUUUUGUCAGGCUCAACGACGAUUACUGCGACUGUCUGGAGGACGGUAGCGACGAGCCGGGCACCAACGCCUGCAACAACGGUGUUUUCCACUGCGAUACCAGUUGGAGGAAGACGACAGCGAGAAUCCCGUCGUACAAGGUCAACGAUGGAUUCUGCGACUGCUGCGACGGCUCGGACGAGUGGGCUGAAAUUGCAUCACUGUACAAACCUAAUGGUAAUUUUUGGGAUUUCAAUAACUUCAGUCAAACGCACAAACGCAUCAUUAUCCUGCAAAGCGAGAAUGCGAUCGACAGGACACUGUGGACUCCGGGCGACGUGUUCUGUCAGGACGCGCGUUGCGAGUACGCUCUGAUUGUGCUGAACCGUCCCAUCCACUGGGACCAUGACCGGCUGCUCCGGAUGUGGCGGCAAGCUCGAGUCACUGUCACUGUGGACGGCGGCACGCACAGGUGGACGAAGUACCUGGAGAAGCAGGGGAUCGACCUACUGAGCAACGAGCACAGGCAAUACGUACCAGACCUCAUUACGGGGGACAUGGACAGCUGCUCGCCGGAGAUGAUCGGUAGAUUGAGAGCCGCGGGGUCCACCGUCGUCGAGACGCCCGAUCAGUCGCACACGGAUUACACCAAGGCUCUGCAGCAGGUCGCGCAGUACGCCAAGAGUGCCGGGAACAUAAACUUGGCUGAAAUAUACGUACUUGCAGAAACGUCGGGCAGGUUCGACCACAUCAUCGGCAACAUCAACACAUUGUACAAGAGCGACAAGCUCGUGGGAGACGUGAAGGUGAUCCAGGUCGCGAGCAACUCCCUGACGUGGAUGUUGAAGCCUGGUCUGCACGAGAUCCGCGUGCCUAGAGUCCUGACACGUCAACAGUCCUGGUGUGGCCUACUACCGUUCGGAUGCCCGGUCAGCCGUAUAUCGACGACCGGCCUGAAGUGGAACUUACAUGAUGCGACUAUGCAGUUCGGUGGUUUGGUAAGCACCUCGAACACGUACAGCAGCUCCAAAGUGACGGUGAACACGGACACGCCGGUAAUUUGGACUAUGGGUAUCGAGCCUUUCCAAGAAACGCCAAAUCAAGUACCUGUAUUCACGUGUUACUAGCGACAGAUGAAUCUGAAUAAACGUUGCGAGUUGCAUGUUUACGAUGAGUUAAGUCAAAAAUGCUCAAUGUGAGUCCAAUGUACUUAACGGCGCUUUUUAGUCGAGUAGGAACGACACAUUGGAUUUGCACAAGAAGUAGAAUUCGAAAAAUUGUAGAUUCUAAAUUUUAGAUUAGAAAUUUGUUUAAUCUCAAGUAUGAUUGCAAUGAGCCUGCAAUUGAAUUCGAUUUGUCCAGAGUUCUUUAUUUUAUGUAAAGAAUUCAUCCAAUCACGGAUUAUUUACGUUAUUUAAAUGAUUUUGUCAGAUGUUUAUCUGUCCAAAUUCAUUAUAAUUUUUAUGGUGUUAAACUGUCUCUUAACAAAAUGUUAUUUAAUUGACUGGAUUUCUUUACUGCUUUUUUUUUAUUGUUAAGUGUUCGUGUACAUUCCUGUUUCGACGAUUUGAAAAGAAUAGAAUGUUCAAUAUGUAGCGUUAUAUUUCCUUACAAUUACGAGACCAAAGCUGUGAGUCAAAACCACGUGUAAAAGAGAUACCUCAAUAGAUAAUUAAAAUACACUAGUGUACUA